AUGAUUCUCAUCCAAGCGAAUCUGAGGAGGAUCAACCGAAACAAUGAAGAGGCAUCUGAUGCAGGGGUAAAGACAUCGGGUUUUGAAACCUUCUUUACAACACCUCCCACUUCUCAACCUCAAGAUGACCCUGACAUCCCUCUCGGUGCUGAUGGACUCGACUUUGACACUUUUCAUUAUAGUCUAUUCUCAGUCCAGGGAGAAAGCGACGAUGAUGCCCCUGUGACUCAAAGGCAUAUUAGGGCACUUUUUAACAAGUUGGAAUCUCUUAUUGCUUCAUCUACUGCCACUUCAAUCCAAGCAUAUUACGAAGCAGCAGUUAAGGGUAUGCUCAAUACUCUUAAGAAAGAGCAUGCUAUCAAUCUUGAAAAAGCAAACAAAUCGGUUGAAGACUCUACUCUCUCUUUGAACGAUGCGAUUACGAAACUGAGUACUUUGCUUCGAAUAGAAAGGGAGAAUCUGGAAAAGCUUCAUACCGAUAUCAAUGCUGACAACACAUCAUUUCCAACUUCAAUUUCCUCACGGCUUACCAAGUUCCAAGAAGACCUAGCUGUUGAAAGUAAAAUAAUGGAUGAACUUGCUCUUCGAACAAAUCAACUCAUAUCUAAGUCCAUCAUGCUCAAGAACGUGAAGAAAUAA